UGCAGUAAGAGACAAGAAAAAGAUGGAAGCAGAAAUGAAAACACUUCAUGAACAAAAAGAUGCUGCAUUAAGAGAGAAGGAAACAAUGGAGCAAGAAAUGAAAACAAUUCAUGAACAAAAAGAUGCUGCAUUAAGAGAGAAGGAAACAAUGGAGCAAGAAAUGAAAACAGUUCACGAACAAAAAGAUGCUGCAUUAAGAGAGAAGGAAACAAUGGAGCAAGAAAUUAAAACACUUCGUGGACAGAAAGAUGAUGCAGAAAGAGAGAAGAAACAAAUGGAAGCAGGAAUGAAAACACUUCGUGAAGAGAAAGAUGCUAUGGAGAAAGAUAAGAAGACUAUAGAAAAAGAAAUGAAAACACUUCAUGAAGAGAAAGAUGCUAUAGAAAAAGAAAAGAAAUGUAUGGAAACAGAAAUGGAAACACUCCGUCAACAAAAAGGUAUUGCAGAGAGAGCUAAGAGAAAUAUGGAAACAGAAAUGGAAACACUUCGUGAAGAGAAAGGUAAAAUAUGGACGCAUUCUUUAUUUUAUAGUAUAGUUCACAUGCAUGUUGCCUGUACUAAUGAUAUUCUUUGCUAUUGUUUGUUUUUGUAAAGGUUUACUAACAUU